AUGCUUUUGUACAAGACGCCCAACGUACUGGCCGGCCAACUAAAUCGUUAUGGCCGAGAGAAAUCUUGUGCUGAUCUUGCUGGUGAGCUUAGCAAGGAAGGAAUUAUUAUCUCUGCUACUACUAUUUGGCGUAUCCUCAAGAACGCCGGCCUACGCAAGACGAAGCCAACUCGGAAGCCUGGGUUAACGAAGAAGAUGAAAGCUGAUCGGCUUGCUUGGUGUCUUGAACACUAA